UUGUGACUAGAUAAUUACGUUCUAAUUGACCCUGUGACUGUGCUACCUUGAAAAAGUAUUGUUUAUGUGAAUAAAAUGUAAUGUUUUGAAAUGUAACUCUUGUGUGACAUUUGGAAUAUGCUGUUGUAGAUUGUGUUUACUUCUCUGGACGUUAAGAAGCGAAGGCUGGAAGUACUUCUUGACCUUGCCAGCUGCCCGGGUUCGAGGUUAGAUGACAGGAUGUCACGCAAGGCCCGUCAGGGGUACAGCAUACGUCACUUGCUCCAGUUGCCGAAUGCACCGCGCAGUCCCCCCGCGCCCUCGCACCCGCCCGCUCCCUGUAUCAAGGCUUCGCUGCGACAACGGGUGUCGUCGACUUCGGAGCAAGAUGCGAGGGACUACAACGAUGACGACUCAAUCAAGAGUGAGGAAGAUCAAAAGAUAGUACACAAGCUUUUUCGUCCGACAACGCCCAGGACGAGUACACCGCUGACGGCUCAAACCGGAAUCACGCAAAUCAACAAGAGGCGACUCGAGUUCGGUGUCGAUGUAGAAACUUUCAAAAUAGGAGAGAGGCGUAUAGAGCGUACCAACAGUGAAGCUUCCAUGGAGGACGAAGACGUGAUCGGGAAACGCCGACGGAGACUACUGGACGAUGAGAGACGGGACGAACUCGAACCUCGACGCCGCCCAUUACCAGUGCACCGACCUUACACCACUCGGCAACCUGACCAGGAUGAAGAGACACUCAUCAAAGAAACACAAGCUGCCUUAAAAACGCUCUCAGGAAGCUGGACUCGUGAUCAUACGAUUGUACACACCGGUGACGUCACCGAUGAAGCGAACGGAUUCGAAAACUUAUUUGCUGACGGAAGGCAAGAACAUAAUAAUAUGUUGCCGUCCCCGCCCUCACCGUCUUCCGAAAGCAAUGACACCACACAAAAAAGUUUUGCUAUGCGGUACGAACAGCAGGAGCAUAACAUUAACGGUGUCAAUGGAAAUAUUGAAUUGAAUACGUGCGGAGAGAUUGCUGAAGAUCAAGAAAGCAGACAUUCUAAUUACGAUGGAACUAAUUUCGAUGAGCUCGGUGAUUCGUCUUCCAAUGAACUCGAAAUAGAUAUGUCAGAUCGAUUUGACGAUAAAUUCGACGACGAUAGAGAAUUUAAAUUCAAACGUAAAGGCGAUAUUGUGUCCGUCAAUAAGCAGUCUCUGUACAACGCUUACAAAGCGGCGACGGCUGCACUGCCAUAUACCACGCAAUCGGCUUUCAAGCCUCCCGCUGAAGUGAAACAUAGGCUACACGGACCUACACUGCCGAGCGAACCUUUCGGGGGGUAUUCCAAUGAUCACGAGAAGAGUUCAGUGAACCGUGCUUCGAAACAGUAUACAGUGCUACAGCCGGCAGGAGUGGGGUCACGCGCGGCCACGGCGCUGCAAGAAGCCAGGGCAGUUCCAACCGCGCAGCCGGCACGAGAUUCGCGACCGCUCACUGCACUCUCGCCGCCCGUCGUCAGAGAAGGCAACAAGUGCCCCACACCCGGCUGCAAUGGGCAGGGCCACGUCACCGGCCUUUACACACACCAUAGAAGUCUGUCAGGAUGCCCAAGAAAGGAUAAAGUUACACCGGAGAUUUUGGCGCUGCACGAAACGAUCUUGAAGUGUCCCACGCCCGGGUGCAACGGUCGAGGACACGUGAGCUCGAAUCGCAGCACGCAUCGGUCUCUUUCCGGCUGCCCUACAGCCGCCGCACGCAAGGCCGCCGCUAGAACACAACGCACACGUCCUACCUUAUCGAUAACAGCAGCUCCGAUUUCGGUAUCCGUGUCUCUAUCGAGCGACAACGGGUCGAACCCAAACUCGACGCGUGUCUCCCACGAGAGGGAGUCAGCGGCCUCGCCGCCUAGUCCGCCCGUGAAGAGAGAAGCCCCCGAGCUGCUCGUGCCGAAGCGAGAGGCCGCCGAGCCAGAGCGCGACUCCCCCGCAGGGAUGGAGACGCGCCACGCCGGCUACGGCGCGCCACCCGACCAACGAUCACCGUACGAUCGACCACCGGACGACCACGUCCGAUCCUAUAGUCAAAUGAACGAGACUCGAUAUGGGUACGAGUCUCGUUGCUACGAAGGAGCGCCUGCCUUCGAACGCUACGACCCUCAGUGUCCGCAGAGGUCGUACGGUUGGGAGGAGGAACGCUACCACGAUCCACAUCUACCCACGCCCAUGAAGACGGACCAAUCAGAACAGGAGACCAGUUCUGGACCUAUUUAUCCUAGACCAAUGUACCACUACGAGACUGGUGGUGGAGUUGCCGGUGUGAGCGCAAUGGGACCAGGCGUUCCACCAGGUUUCUCGGCCAUCAAUUUGUCGGUGAAGAUCGCAGCUGCGCAGGCCCAACGUCCCCGAAGUCCCACGCCCAGAGAUCCGAGAGAUCCGAGGCCGGCAAUAGACCUUUCCAGCUCAAGUGGUAGUCCACAGGGUCCAUACGCGUCGCCGGUGUACACGAGCGCGGGCGGGGGCAGCGGCGGCGCGCGGGGCAGCCCGCAGCCGGGAGCUUCGCCCCAGCUAACGGCCAGCCCUCAGGUGCCCAGUCCACAGGGACAGACCCUCGACCUUAGCGUGUCCCGUUUACCACAUAGUCGAGGCUUCCCCGGCGCCGUUUCCUAUAGUCGAGAAUCUACCCCGGACAGCGGCGGUAGCCAUCCGUACCUGGAAGCCUACCACCGAGACACCGCAGGUUACGGUGGUGUCAGUCCGCACCCAGUGGCGGGAUACGGGCUAGGUCAGCCGGAUUACGCGGCGGCUGCGGCAGCGGCGGGCUACGGCGGAUACCAGUACCAGUGCGGCGCCUAUCCGCCUCCGCCGGCGUACCCACCUCACGCACCGCCAUAUUCUCCGCCCUGCUACAUGCCGCCGCCACACGCGCCGCACGACAAGCCAAAGGAUACAAGUUUGUAUAUGUGCAGCCUGUCCGGGUGUCCGCGCGCCGAUCGCUCCCAACUCCAGCCACAUUCCCAAGAGCUGAAGUGUCCGACGCCGGGCUGUGAUGGAUCCGGUCACGUCACCGGCAACUAUUCCUCACACCGGUCCCUCUCCGGCUGCCCGAGGGCCAACAAGCCGAAGAGCAAACCCAGAGACGGCCAGGAUUCGGAGCCUUUGAGAUGCCCUAUACCGGGCUGUGACGGAUCUGGACACGCUACAGGGAAAUUCUUAUCGCAUCGAAGCGCAUCGGGCUGUCCAAUUGCGAAUCGGAAUAAAAUGCGGGUCUUGGAGAGUGGCGGAACCGUCGAACAACACAAAGCCGCUGUGGCCGCAGCCGCUUCAGCCAUUAAAUUCGAUGGAGUGAACUGUCCAACGCCCGGAUGUGAUGGAUCUGGCCACAUAAAUGGAUCCUUUUUGACGCAUCGGUCGCUCUCCGGGUGUCCAGUAGCCGGAGCCGCCACUCCCACGCCGCAACCAACGAAAAAACCCAAGUACCCGGAUGAUAUAACACCGCUGUAUCCAAAACCAUAUUCAGGAAUGGAGAUGAACAUGCAAACGGGAAACGGUGAAGAUCUGAUGACAUUAGAACAAGAAAUUACCGAACUUCAACGGGAAAACGCAAGGGUCGAAUCGCAGAUGAUGCGCCUGAAGUCCGACAUCAACGCGAUGGAAACUCAACUGACACAUGGGGAGCGAGAGAAUCAACUGAUAACCCAACGCAACAGCAACUUGAACGAGUACUACGAGAGUCUGCGGAAUAACGUGAUCACGCUGCUCGAGCACGUACGCAUCCCGGGGGGAGGCGCCGCCCCCGCCCCGCCCGCGCCCGCCCCCGCCGCACCCGACAAGCCCGCGCACGACAACUUCGACUCCUACCUCACCAAGCUGCAGACGCUCUGCUCCCCGGACGGGUACUGUCCGGACGAGAACCGCCCAAUCUACGAAACCGUCAAAAACGCGCUCCAGGACUUCACGGUGCUUCCUACGCCCAUUUAAGGGUCGCCGAGCGCCGCCGACUCGGACCGACAGUGAACGUUCACCGGCGACCUCGGCGGGGCUUUACGUCAAAUGGACAUUUUCAAUAAAAUGUGUACCCGUGUUCAUACUGUCCCCACAUAGUCUGUACCAGUUUUGUCAAUAUCAUACACAUUUUAACAAAAAGUAUGUACCGAUUCAAAUUAUACGUACCAUUUAAUUAUUAUUUUUGACUACGUAUAAAAUACUACGUAUACGUUUUAAAAUAAAAAACACUAAAUCAGUCACAACAUAUGUGCAAGUGGGACAGUCACAAAAGUAACAUCUAACAUUUAGGACGACGUGAGAUUGACCUGGUGAUUUUUUAGCUCUUUAAUAGUGAAUGAGUAUUCUGUGUAUUUCGUGAUCUGUGGACGAAACUCAAACCAAAGAUUAAUGUCGUUUGUGCCGGAACGACUCGAACGUCAGCGUCGUACGUUUAGGACGCGGGUGGAUAUUUGUGUUCUACUAUUAGGCAAUGAUGUCUGAUCUCUUUAAACCGUUGUAUACGAUGUGUGACCUAUCUAAGACAUCGCGUUGCUCGAACGAGGGUUCGUUGGUCGUAGUUAAGCUGGACUAAAUUACUAUAAAUAAAUUUUAAAAACUUGUUACUACUCGUAUGCUUAAAUUAAUGUAAUUGUUAGGAAAAGUUUAUACUUGUACGUGAGCGGUUUUAGAGUCACACGAAAACAUUAAAUUAUCAUUUUAAUGUAAAUAUUGUAUCUACAUUUCGUAUUAUAAAUAUAGUUAUCGUAAUAACCAAGACCCGUUCGUGCGGGUACAUUUUAGCGAAACGAUAUACGAGCGAACAGAUUUUAUCAAACAGGAAAUAUUGUAGCGUAUAAGGAAAGUGUUACUAUUAAAAUUCAUUAUUACUGGGAAUGUGCCAAAUGCUUCGAAUACGCAGCAGCUCCCGACCGCUGAUAUUAUGUUGAGUUAACAUUAAUAUUACGUAAGCAAAUAUAAACGAAUCCUUAGAGGACAGUCAGUUCUAGUCAGUUUGUUUUGUAAAUAUAAAAAAAAAUGUGAAUACUUAAAUGUCACGUCGUAGGGACGUAUUUAUUUGUAUUAGGUAAUACGAGAUCUCACUAGAUCGUUGUAAGUUAAUUCAGUCAUUAAUUAAUAAUGUAUUUUAGGUAUAAAAAUUUAAACGUACAUUCUUUGUUAGCCAAUGUUCUCCUGCUGUGAUUAUGUUACAUGUUAAUUACUUAUUUAUUGUUACCUCGGCCCUAAACGGGAUGUGAUAGGUUAAUUAUCUUUUAUUCUUGUAGUUGUUGAUUUGCUGUUUCAUUUGAAGCAAGUUUCUGAUAAACAAUUGAUGUGCAAUUUUUUUUACUAUUUUCUUAAAGUUGGUGUAUUUUUUAUUGAGAUUUUCAUUUUUAAUGUUGUGAAAUGUCAACGGUACACAGGAAUAUAAUUAUUCGCAUUUAAAUAUUAAAACCUAAUAAGAUAAUAUGUUACUACUCUGUCAAAUACUUACGUUUCUGUAAUAUAUUGAGUAUGUGUUGUUAAAGAAUAAAAAUAAUAAAUACCAAGAUUAUAACAA